AGGAGCGCAGUCACUGCUCAGAGCUCCGGAGGAGGAGGAGAGCAAACCUCUGGAGCUUCAGUCUUAUCCAUUUAAACUCUGAAAUAUUUGAUUACUGUAUUUUCUUGGAGUUGUGGAUGAACAUUCAGAUAUUGUUUUCCCAAAUGCAUCGUCAAUUUUGUUGCUGAAAACAAAACAAAGCAAAACAACAACAAACUUUAGAACUUCAGCAAUGGGUCGCUUGUUUGGUUUGGUGCUGGUCCGGAUGGUGUUUUUAGGAGUUUUGUCGGGUGCACAAGAAUCUGCAGAGCAAAUCCCACAAGGAGCCUCGACUUUAGCUUUCGUCUUCGAUGUCACCGGAUCCAUGUAUGACGACUUGGUGCAAGUUAUUGAAGGAGCCUCGAAGAUCUUGGAGACGUCCCUGAGCCGCCCGAAACGGCCGCUUUAUAACUUCGCCCUCGUGCCUUUCCACGACCCGGAAAUCGGACCAGUUACCAUAACCACCGAUCCCAAGAAGUUCCAGACUGAGCUGCAGGAACUCUAUGUACAGGGAGGUGGAGACUGUCCAGAGAUGAGCAUCGGAGCCAUCAAGAUCGCGCUGGAAAUCUCGCUGCCGGGUUCCUUCAUUUACGUCUUCACAGACGCCCGCUCCAAAGACUACAAACUGACCCACGAGGUGCUGCAGCUCAUCCAGCAGAAACAGUCUCAGGUGGUGUUUGUGUUGACUGGUGACUGUGAUGACAGAUCACACAUCGGUUACAAGGUUUAUGAAGAAAUUGCCUCCACCAGCUCAGGACAGGUGUUCCAUCUGGACAAGAAACAGGUCAAUGAGGUACUUAAAUGGGUGGAGGAGGCAGUGCAGUCCUCUAAAGUCCACCUGCUGUCCACUGACCACUACAGUCCAGUCAGUAACACCUGGAGGAUCCCGUUUGACCCCAGUCUGAAGGAGGUCACAGUCGCCCUGAGCGGUCCGGCCCCAAACAUCGAGAUACGCAACCCUCAGGGGAAACUGAUUGGGAAUAAAGACGGACUGACAGAGUUGCUCCACAUCCCAAACUCGGCCAAGAUUCUCAACCUCAAAGAUCCAGAGCCGGGCAUGUGGUCCAUAAAGACGGUCAGCGAGGGUCGACACUCCGUCCGUAUCACAGGUCUAAGCACCAUCGACUUCCGAGCCGGAUUUUCCAGGAAGCACACGCUGGACUUCAAAAUGACCUCCAGUAGACCUGUACAAGGCGUCCCCACCUUCAUCCUGUUAAACACAACCGGCCUGUCUCCUCCCGCACGAGCUGAUCAGCUGGAGCUCCUCAGCAUCACCGGCAGCGUGAUAAAGACGUUACCUAUCCGCUAUUAUCCUGAACGCAAGCCCUACGGUAUCUGGAACAUCACAGACUUCAUGCCACCUAACGAAGCCUUCUUUCUACGAGUGAAUGGCUACGACCGCGACGGCUUCCUCUUUCAGAGAGUCUCCAGCGUCUUGUUCUCCAGCAUCAUCCCAGGCGCGCCGAAAGUGAGCAUGCCGUCCACUACGCCAGGUUACUACCUGCAAAAGGGUGAAGUCACGUGUCAGGUGGACAGUCUGAUCCCCUUCACACUGCGCUUCAGCCGAGGAGGCGAGCACCUGAGUGUGGACCAGAUCUUCAGCGAGUCAACUAAUGCGUCAUGGGAGAUUGCGAAGGUGUCUCUGAAGGAUGAAGGCUUUUACGACUGCAUCGCCAUCAGCAGCGCAGGAACCGGGCGAGCCCGGACCUUUCUGGACGUUUCUGAGCCUCCACCAGACAUCACAGUGCCAUUCAAUGUGACAGCGGCGCCGGGGUCCACCACGUUACUGACCUGUGUGGUGACCAGCACCGUGCGCUUUAAUCUGACCUGGCAGCGUGGCGGCGCGGAUGUCCGCCUGGGGGCACGUUCUCAUCUCACCUCCAACCUCUCGCUGGAGAUCCAGCGCGUAACAACGGACGACGCCGGCUGGUACAGCUGCAUCGCUGCCAACGAGGGAGGAGUGUCUACGUCUCGAGUCCACCUCAGCGUGCAGUCUCGGCCGGUCGUGACGGUGAACCCACAGAACCAGACCUUCAGCACGGGAGACGAGGUGCGCCUCAGGUGCAUGGCUAAAGGAUAUCCGAGUCCUACGGUGGUGUGGACACACAACGACAUGUUCAUCACCGGCUCCAGUAGGCACAGGAUGAUCCCGGACGGUACGCUGGUCAUCAGGAACGCCGAGCAGAAGGACGCUGGGGUAUAUGGCUGUCUGGCCAGCAACGUAGCAGGGACAGAUUCAAAGACCGCCCUGCUCAGCUACAUCGAGUCUCCCCAGGUGACGGUAGCGAAGAGCAGGCUGCUGGUCGGAUUGGGACAGACCGCUGUCAUGGAGUGUAGCGUGACAGGAAUUCCACAGCCUGAGAUCCUGUGGUACAAAGGUGACAAGCAGGUGAAGGUGUCGGUGUUUGUGAGUACGGAUCCAGCCGGAGCUUUGAGCAUUCGACAGAUCGAAGCGGCUGAUGCUGGAGAUUACAUCUGCGUGGCGGUGAACCUGGCAGGCACAGCGCAGGCCAAGAUCAGACUGGAUGUGGGCUCUGCUCCUCAGUUCACCAGGCAGCCCUCCAACAUAGCCGCGGACAUCGGCUCUAACAUCACACUGUCGUGCCACGCCCAGGGUCACCCCGAGCCGCGCAUCACCUGGAGACGAGAGGACAACAUCGGCCUUUUCUCCCGUCGCCAUGGCCACAGCUCCAUCACUCAAAAGCGGGACGGAGAACUGCAGAUAACUAACCUUUGGGUUGAUGACGGCACCACUUACGUGUGCGAAGCUCAAAACCAGUUUGGGAAAAUCCAGACCAAAGUCAGCGUCACCGUUACAGGACUGGUCAUCCCGGUCAUAGCGCCGAGUCCAGCUGAGGUCAGUGUGAUAGAGGAGCAGCAGGUUACUUUGCCAUGUGUGCUACUGGCCGGAAACCCUCUGCCUGUGAGACACUGGAUCCACGAAAACACCCUGGUGACUUCAGGACCGUACGUGAGCAUCCGGCGUGAUGGCAGUCUGCAUAUAGAGCGGGUCAGCGUGCAGGACGAGGGACGCUACACAUGCGUGGCUGAAAAUGUGGCCGGAGCUAGCAAUCGCACCACCACCAUCUACGUGUAUGUGAUGCCCACCAUUCAACAUGGCCCUCAAGUGUUCAGUACCAUAGAGGGAACACCCAUUUCUUUACCCUGUCGCGCCCACGGAGUUCCCAAGCCAGACAUCACAUGGGCCAAGCAGGGAGAGACGCUGGAUCUGAGCGGUGGAGCGUUCUCUCUGGAGGAGGACGGCAGUCUGUACCUCGCGUCACCGGGGGCCAAUGAAUCUGGAGAGUUUGUCUGCACAGCCACCAACGCAGCUGGAUACAGCUCCAGAAAGGUCCAACUCACCGUCUACGUGAGACCCAGGCUGAGUGGUGUUGGUGUUGGAGAUCAGUCAGGAUCCGGAGAUGUGUUGGACAUGUCGGUGACGGCGGGUGAGGACGUUACUCUCCCCUGUGAAGUGCAGAGUGUCCCACCUCCCAUCAUCACCUGGGCCAAAGACAAGCAGCUCAUCUCCCCUUAUUCACCCAGACACACUCAGCUGCCCUCAGGCUCAAUGACGAUCACAGAGACACGCGUGACAGACAGCGGCACAUACCUGUGUGUGGCCACCAACAUCGCCGGCAACUUCAGCCGGACCGUCAGACUCAGCGUCUACGUGCCUCCACAUAUCCUGCCUGGUCCCCGUGUGAUGAAGGUCCAGGUGGAGCACUCCAUAGACCUGCCCUGCGUAGCACAGGGAGUCCCUCAGCCCUCGGUGAUGUGGAAGAAGAAUGGCACAACCCCGGUGGCAGACGGGGCUCGCUACAGCCUCUCCGCAGACGGAACUCUGACUGUCCGACAGGUGGCGCUAAGCGAUGAGGGAGUUUACACGUGCGUGGCCACCAACGUCGCAGGACAGGACGAGGCUAGCGUCCAGCUGCAGGUACAAGUUCCCCCUGUAGUGGAAGUCUCUGAACCUCCUUUCAACAGUCCGCUGCAGGAGCGAGUGGCAAAUCAGCGCAUCGCUUUCCCCUGCCCAGCUAAAGGUUUACCUCAGCCGGUGAUUAAGUGGUUUAGGAACGGCCAGGAGCUGACGGGAAACGAACCCGGCGUGUCCAUCUUGGAGGACGGCACUCUGCUCAUCCUGGCGUCGGUGUCUCCUCUGGACAACGGCGAAUACACCUGCACAGCCGCCAACGACGCUGGAAGCACCGAGAAGAAGUACCAACUCAAAGUCAACGUGCCACCUGACGUGCGAGACGGAAGCGCGCUGUCCAACGUCUCCGUGGUGAUGAACCAGCCCGCCAGUUUGGUGUGUGAUGUCACCGGGACGCCUCCACCGGUCAUCACGUGGUUCAAAGACGGCAUACCGGUGGUCGCCAGCAGUAACGUGCAGAUCCUGCAGAGAGGGAAGAUGCUGAGAUUGGCCAAAGCCGCCACAGCAGACGCAGGCCGCUACAGCUGUAAAGCCAUCAACGUCGCAGGAAGUACCGAGAAAACCUUUCAUCUGGAUGUCCUGGUUCCUCCUAGCAUCACUGGAAGCGGUGGAUCACGUGACCUCUAUGCCGUUCUGAAUCAGGAGAUCAGCUUGGAGUGCAAGGUCAAAGGUGUGCCCUUUCCCACAAUCCAGUGGUACAAAGACAGGAAGCUGUUGUUUCUCGGAGACCCCAACGUCGAAGUGUCGGAUCGUGGACAGGUGUUAAAAAUAAAAAGCGCCCGAUUAGGGGAUCAGGCUCGCUACCAGUGUAGCGUCACCAACUCGGCAGGAAAACAGUCCAGAGACUUUAACCUCAGUGUUUAUGUGCCACCCAGUAUAAAGGGAGGGAACAUGACCUCCGAGGUGACGGCUCUCCUGCACAACCCGGUCACUCUGGAGUGUGAGGUCCGCGGCGUGCCCCUCCCCGCCAUCACCUGGUAUAAGAACGGCGAGUCCAUCCUGUCCAGCAGGCAGGCGCAGUACGUCGAUCGAGGUCACUUCCUGAAGCUCUCACGUGUGCAGGUAUCCGAUGCUGGACGCUACACCUGCAGGGUGACCAGCGUGGCAGGAACGGCCGAAAAGGAAUACGUGCUGGAUGUCUAUGUUCCUCCGUCCAUUGCUGGAGGUGUAGACGGACCUGUGGAGAAGAAUGUGGUGGUCAGUAAAACUCUGGUGCUGGAGUGCGAGGCAGCCGGUCACCCCCCACCCUCGCUCACCUGGCUGAAGGACGGAUCUCCCGUGAAAGCCGGAGAAAACCUGCGGCUUCUAGAGCAGGGACGCAAGAUGGAGAUCGUCAACGCCGUUCCCUCGGAUUCCGGCCUGUACGUCUGCGUUGCGACCAGCAUCGCAGGCGAGAUGGAGAUCAAGUACGAUGUUGCUGUUUUAGUGCCACCUGUUGUGGACGGAGCAGAUAAGGUUACAGACGCUACUGUCAUCAUUAAUAAUGUUCUCGAACUCGAGUGUCACACCACUGGAACACCUCCACCAACCAUCACAUGGCUGAAGGACGGCGAAGCAGUGAGGCAGGGAGACGGCGUGAGAAUUUUGGCGAACGGCCGUCGACUGGUCAUCUCACGCGCCCAGGUCUCAGACACGGCGCUCUUCCAGUGUGUGGCUUCAAAUGAAGCAGGAGAGCAGGAGAGAGAUUUUAAAGUAGCAGUUCACGUUCCCCCAUCAAUCCGUUCUACCGGUUCUGCUGAGCGCUCAGUGGUGCUACACAAUCCGGUGAGUCUUCAGUGUGUGGUCAGUGGCGUUCCUGCUCCCAGCAUUACCUGGCUCAAAGAUGGCCGUCCUGUUGACACCACACAGGUCUUACUGAAGCUGGAAUCUGGAGGCAGAGUUCUGCAUAUUAAAGAAGCCAGAGCAGAAGAUGCAGGCAAAUACACCUGCGUGGCAACCAACGCUGCAGGAGAAGCGCAGCAGAACAUUCGCCUCAGUGUACACGAGCCUCCUGUCAUCCAAUUUGCUGGAGAAACUGUCAAUCAAACCAUCCUGGCUGGAUACCAGAUCCAGCUACAGUGUAAAGCCACAGGAAGCCCUGUACCAGCCGUGACGUGGUAUAAGGACAGUCGGCCUCUGACCAGCGCAGCGGGAGUGAGCAUCCUGAACCGAGGGCAGGUGCUGGAGAUCAACCGUGCUCAGGUGUCGGACGCCGGGCUCUACAAGUGUGUGGCGGUCAACGUGGCCGGCACAGCGGAGCUCACACUCGGCCUGCAAGUUUAUGUGCCACCUUCCAUCUCCAGUAAAGGUGGGAUGGUGACAGUGGUGGUGAACGAUGCUAUCAGGCUGGAGUGUGAAGCCUCAGGUCUGCCUGCUCCCAGUCUCACGUGGCUCAAAGAGGGCAGCCCCGUGUCCAGCUCCUCCAAUGGCAUCCAGGUGCUGGCAGGAGGCAGGGUACUGUCAUUCAGAAGUGCUCAGGUAAGCGAUGCAGGCCGGUACACCUGUGUGGCAGUGAAUGCAGGCGGAGAGCAGCAGAGAGAGUAUGAUCUGCAUGUCUACGUGCCUCCCAACAUCAUGGGUGAAGAAGUGAACAGCACGGUGCUGAUUGGCCGACCAGUGGAGCUGCGUUGCCAGAGCGACGCCAUUCCCCCACCCACUCUGAGCUGGCGUAAAGACGGACGGCCGCUUUACAGGAAACCGGGACUGAGUGUGUCUGAGGAUGGCAGCGUGCUACAGAUUACGAGCGCUCAGAUACAGGACACGGGCAGGUACACAUGUGAAGCCACGAACAUAGCAGGAAAAACUGAGAAGAACUACAACCUUAAUGUGUGGGUCCCGCCGAGUAUCCGUGGCUCUGAUGAAGUGUCUCCUCUGACCGUGACUGUGGGAGGCCUCGUUACUUUGGUCUGCGAGUCGAGCGGGAUUCCUCCUCCCAGCCUGACGUGGAAGAAAAAUGGCUCGGAGCUGAAGACGGACUCGCGGGUGCGUGUGUUAUCCGGAGGACGUCAGCUGCAGAUCUCCAGUGCAGAGAGGACCGACGCCGCGUCCUACACAUGCCAGGCGUCCAGCGUAACCGGAACUGCUGUCAAGGAGUACAGCCUGCAAGUCUAUGUUCGUCCCUCCAUCAGCUCAUCAGGCAGCGGAACAGGUGACGUGACGGCGGUACGAGGAGGAGACGUCACCCUGCAGUGUGAAGCCGACGGCGUGCCCAGGCCUGCUAUCACCUGGCUGAAAGACGGCAGACCCCUGGGAAGCGGCUCGGGAGUCGAGAUCCUCAGCGACGGCCGACUCGUCCGCAUCAGAGACGCUCAGGUGGUCCACACCGGACGUUACACCUGCAUCGCCGUCAACGUGGCCGGACAGGACGAGAGCAAACAUGAUGUCACUGUUCACGUUCCUGCGAGCAUUAUCGGGAACACACAAGGGACCGAGAACGUGAGUGUGGUGGUGAGAAAUCCAGUGGCGCUCACGUGCGAGGCUUCGGGAAUCCCUCUACCCGUCAUCACCUGGCUGAAAGACGGACGUCCGAUCAGCGUGUCCGGCUCUGUCCGGGUCAUCUCAGGUGGACGGAGUCUGCGCUUGAUGCAUACCACAGCGGAGGACGCUGGAAGAUACACCUGCAUCGUUUCCAAUGCUGCCGGAGAGGGCAGGAAAAACUUUGACCUGGACGUACUGGUACCUCCGAGCAUCAUGAAUCAGGGCGGGAUACAGGACGUGAGGGUGAAGGAGGGGCAAAACAUCACUCUGACCUGUGAGGUCACCGGGAACCCAGUGCCUGAGAUCACCUGGUUAAAGGACGGCCAGUCCGUGUUGGGCGAAGAGCGUCUGCAGGUGAUGUCACAUGGCCGAUUCCUUCAUAUAACUCACGCUCAAGUGGUCGACACGGGCAGGUACAGCUGCCUGGCUUCCAACAGCGCCGGAGAUCGCAGCGCUCACUUUAAUCUCAACGUCCUAGUUACUCCCACCAUCACCGGCUCUGGUCCGGAAGGAUCUUCUGAGGAGGUGACUGUGACUCUGAACAGCCCCACAUCUCUGGUGUGUGAAGCUCAGUCCUACCCCCCAGCCAUCAUCACCUGGCUCAAAGAUGGCACACCUUUCGAGUCCAGCCGUAACGUCCGAGUUCUUCCAGGUGGACGCACCCUUCAGAUCCUGAACGCACAAGAAGAGGAUGCUGGGAGAUACACGUGUGUGGCCACCAACGAGGCUGGGGAGACACUGAAGAACUACGAGGUCAAAGUGUUCAUUCCCCCUGUUAUCAGUAAGGACAACAUCCAAGGAGAAGGUUUCGCUCCAAAAGAGAUCAAAAUUAAAGUCAACAACACGCUGACGCUCGAGUGUGAAGCCCAGGCGAUCCCAGUCCCGACUCUACACUGGUACAAGGAUGGCCAGAUCCUUAAAGCAGAUGGGCGCAUUACCGUGACACCUAAUGGUCGAAUAGUCCAGAUAAAGCAGGCUCAGGUGUCUGACACGGGCCGCUACACCUGCGUCGCUACCAACAUCGCAGGCGAGGAUGAAAAGGACUUUGAUGUAAAUAUACAAGUUCCUCCUAGUUUCCAGAAAAAUGGCGACUCAGGCUCCGGUAUCGUGUCCGCUGGUGAGGUGAAGGAUGUCAUUCUGAACAACCCCAUCUCUCUGUACUGCGAGACCAACGCUGUGCCGCCUCCCACUCUCACCUGGUACAAAGACGGCCAGCCGCUCACCUCCAGCAGCAGAGUGCUUAUCUUACCCGGUGGUAGAGUGCUACAGAUCCCCCGAGCUCAAACCGAGGACUCGGGAAGAUAUACAUGCGUGGCUAUCAACGAGGCUGGAGAAGAUUCAGUCCAGUACGACGUUAGAGUCUUGUUGCCUCCCUCUAUCCGCGGAGCUGACCGAGACGUUCCUGAUGAUGUGACGGUGUUGGUGAAUAAGUCCACGCUGCUGGAGUGUCAUGUGGAUGGAAGCCCUACUCCUAAAAUCAGCUGGCUCAAAGACGGCCUGCUUUUAAACCCGGAUAGGACGCACACCCUGCUGUCCAAUGGCAGGACGCUGCAGAUUUUGAACGCGCAGGUGACCGACACAGGCCGCUACGUGUGCGUGGCCGAAAACGUGGCUGGAAACGCAGAGAAGUACUUCAGCCUCAAUGUUCAUGUUCCUCCCUCUAUAGUGGGUGUGAAUGAGGAGAAUGCUACUGUGGUAGUGAACAAUUUCCUCUCGUUGAGCUGCGAGGCCACCGGCUUUCCUCCUCCUACUCUGAGCUGGCUGAAAGACAGGAAACCUGUACAGGGCAACAGUAAUGCUCUCAUCAUGCCAGGUGGCCGUACCUUACAGAUCCUGAAGGCUAAAUUAUCUGAUGGUGGGAAAUACAGUUGCGUGGCCAUCAACCCAGCAGGAGAGGCACAUAAGAUCAUCUACCUCACAGUUUUUGUUCCUCCCAGCAUCAGGGACAGCAGCGGCGACUCACCCAUAGUGGUCAGUGUACAUGUCGGGAACUCAGUCACUCUGGAUUGUCUGUCCAAUGCCAUCCCUCCUCCCACAAUCACCUGGUACAAGAACGGACGUCUCGUCACCGAGACCACCAACCUUCACAUCCUCGCCAAUGGACAAACCUUAGAAAUUAAAGGAACAGAGGUGUCUGAUACUGGCUUAUACGUCUGCAAGGCCAGCAACGUAGCAGGCCAGGUGGACAAGAACUUCCAUCUUAACGUCUACGUUCCUCCAAGCAUAGACGGACCAGCAGAGGAACACGUGGUGGAGACCAUCAGCAAUCCUGUAACCUUUAGCUGUGAUGCCUCGGGCAUCCCACACCCCAGCCUCACCUGGCUAAAGAAUGGCAGAGUGAUUGAGAAUUCUGAGUCUCUGGAGAUGCACAUCCUGUCAGGAGGUAGUAAGCUUCAGAUUGCUCGCUCACAGCUUUCUGACAGUGGCACCUACACCUGCGUGGCCUCUAACGUUGAAGGCAAAGCCCAAAAGAGCUACCAUCUCACUAUACAGGUGCCACCCAGUAUCACAGGAUCCGAGAUGCCCAGUGAGACCAGCGUUCUGCUGAAUGAUAGCAUUCAGCUGGUGUGUCAAGCAAAAGGGACUCCAGCACCAACAAUUCAGUGGCUGAAGGACGGGAAAGCUCUGAGCGGGACCGACCUCAGGAAUAUCAGAAUCAGCCCAGAUGGCAGUACACUCACAGUCACAGCCACCCACACGACAGACAGUGGCAAAUACACAUGUGUGGCUACUAACCAGGCUGGCGAAGAGGACAGGAUCUUUAAUCUUAACGUGUAUGUCCCUCCUGUCAUCCAGAGUAACGGAGACGCAGCUGAGGUGAUAACGACAGUCGUGGACAGCUCAGUAAGCAUCGAGUGCGUGGCCAGCGGAUCUCCUCCGCCUCAGAUCAACUGGCUGAAAAAUGGCCUUCCCCUCGCCGUAUCCUCGCAUGUACGCCCGCUGUCUGCUGGACAAAUCCUCCGCAUCGCUCGCGUUCAGGUAUCAGACGGAGGCACAUAUACUUGUGUGGCAUCCAACCGAGCUGGAGUGGACAACAAACACUACAACCUUGAGGUGUAUGUUCCUCCCAGUCUGGAUGGAGCAGGCAGUACUGAUGAUGUGACGUUGGUGAAAGGGAGCAUGGUUGCCAUGGUAUGUGUCUCCGAUGGGACCCCAAACCCAAUCUUGACAUGGAUGAAGGAGGGAGCUGCUUUGCCCAGGGAUUCCCACAUCACCCUGCUGAACCAUAACAGCACUCUGCAGCUCUCUAACAUCCAGGUGGCCCACACGGGACACUACACCUGUGUCGCACGGAACCAAGCUGGAGAAGCCCGUCGCCACUUCAACCUCAAAGUGCUGGACCCCCCGCGGAUAAAUGGCUCAGAAUUCCCCACUGAAGUAUCCGUAGUGGUAAACAACAUCCUAGAACUUGUCUGUGAGGCUAAAGGAAUCCCUGCACCCACGCUUACCUGGGUAAAGGAUGGACGGCCGUUACCUCAGACCCACAGCCUGAGCAUCCUCCAUGGAGGAGAAGUUCUCCGGAUCACCUCUGUACAGGUCGAGGACACUGGACGGUACAGCUGCUUGGCAACCAGCCCUGCUGGAGACGAUGACAAAGAGUUCCUGGUUCGAGUCCAUGUUCCACCCAACAUUGCUGGCGAGAGCAGCGUCCAGGACGUAUCAGUCCUUCAGAACAGGCAGGUAACCCUGGAGUGCCGAUCAAACGCUGUACCACCUCCCACCCUGUCCUGGCUCAAAGAUGGAACUCCUUUGAAGGCGUCUCCACGUGUGCGUGUGCUAUCCAGCGGCCGCUACCUGCAGAUCAAUAACGCAGAGCUGGGAGACACUGGUCGCUACACAUGCAUGGCUAGCAACGUCGCCGGGGAGACCAGACGCCAUUUCAACCUCAGCGUAAAUGUUGCACCCACUAUAAAGGAAGGUCCUCAGGUUAUUUCUGUUCAUGUCAACAUGCCGGUGGGUUUGGAGUGUGUCGUCAGUGGUGUUCCUGCUCCACGUGUCACCUGGAGGAAACACGGCUCCGUUCUUGCAGGGAACAACCCCAGGUAUCGUUUUGCUGAGGACGGCUCUCUCCAUAUCCACUCCGCCCAGCUGUCCGACACGGGCCAUUACUUGUGCAUGGCCACUAACCAGGCAGGCAGCCAACGCAAGCGAGUGGAUCUGCAAGUGCACAUGCCCCCUUCGAUUGCUGAAGGUCCAACUAACGUCACAGUGACGGUAAACAUUCAGACCACUCUGUCCUGUGAGGCCACUGGCAUCCCCAAACCCACUGUCACAUGGACCAAAGACGCUCAGCCUCUCAACACAGACCAGAACCAGAAUAUGUACAGGCAGCUGUCAUCAGGAUCUCUGGUUAUAAUCGCACCAACAGUGCAUGACGCAGCACUGUAUGAGUGUGUGGUGUCCAACGAGGCAGGCCAGGAUAGUCGAGCUGUCCAGCUUACAGUACAUGUGCCACCCUCUAUUGCUGAUGAGGCUACAGAGCUGUUGGUGAGCAGGCUGUCCCCAGUGGUGAUCAGCUGUACUGCAUCUGGAUUCCCCCUUCCUGUCCUACAGUGGAGCAAAGACGGGAUGCGACUUGCCAAAGAAGGAGACAGCUACAAGAUGCUGCCCUCCGGUGCUCUUGAGAUAGCUGCUGCAGAAUUGAGUCACACUGGCCGUUACUCAUGUGUUGCAAAGAAUGCUGCAGGAUCAGCACAUCGCCACAUCCAGGUCAUCGUGCAGGAGCCACCAGUGAUCCAAGCUCACCCAUUAACACUGGAUGUGAUCCUGAACAACCACGUGACCCUGCCGUGUCGUGCCCUGGGCACCCCACGCCCCACUAUCACCUGGCAAAAAGAAGGCAUCAACAUUGUCACCACCGGAAGUGACUUCACUGUUCUGCCCAAUGGUGGACUGCAGAUCUCACAGGCUAAAGUGGAAGACUCUGGUACCUACAUGUGCGUGGCCCAGAAUCCAGCAGGCACAGCACUGGGCAAGACCAAACUCAGGGUGCAAGUACCUCCAGUGAUCACUUCAAGCACUAAGUCCUACAGUGUGGCCGUGGAUGGAUCAUUGACCCUGCAGUGUCAGACUGAGGGAUACCCGACCCCGUCAGUCAGCUGGUACAAAAAUGGGAAGCUGCUAUCCGAGUCUGUACGCCAUCGAGUCCUUAGCUCUGGUUCUCUGCAUCUCGUUUUCGCCCAGCCAGGAGACACGGGUCUAUACACUUGUACAGCGGCCAACGUGGCUGGAAGCCUCAGCCUGGAGAUGAGCGUCACUGUCCUGAUCCCUCCCACCAUCCGCAGAAGUGAACCGGAGCUGUGGGUGCUGGAGAACAUGCAGGCCAUGUUGUCCUGUGCAGCUGAAGGAGUGCCUCAGCCUGUCCUAAGCUGGGAGAAAGAAGGCAUCGCUCUGACUGUCACCACAGGACCUUACACCAUCCUGUCCUCUGGGGAACUGGUGCUAGAAAACGCUCAGCCUAAGGAUGCCGGGAGUUACACAUGUGUGGCCACCAACACUGUAGGACAGGACAGUCAGACGAUCGACCUGUCUGUGUACACACACCCAGCCUUCACUGAGACCCUGGAAGAUACGGCUCUCAACAAGGGAGAGCGCCUCUUACUGACCUGUGGAGCCACAGGCAUUCCUCCACCCAAAAUCACUUGGGCUUUCAACAAUAAUAUUAUCCCUGCUCAUUAUAGCCAUGUGAAUGGCCACAGUGAGCUGGUGAUCGAGCGUGUGAGCAAGGACGAUGCUGGAACCUACUCCUGCAUCGCCGAGAACCGAGUGGGAUCCAUCAAAUCUUUGGGUUUUGUCUACGUCAAAGAGCCUCCUAUAAUAGACGGAGACGUCCAUUCGAAUCAUAUCGAGCCUCUGGGUGGGAAUGCUAUUCUGAACUGCGAGGUACGGGGAGACCCUCUGCCCACCAUCCAGUGGAGCAAGAAGGGCGUUAAUGUUCGCAUCAGCAACCGCAUCCGCCAACUGGAGAAUGGCUCUCUGGCAAUCUAUGGCACCGUGAGUGAGGAUGCUGGUAGCUAUGUGUGUGUAGCUACAAAUGAUGCUGGAGUAGUGGAAAGGACAGUCACUCUCACCUUACAAAGUUCUCCAGUCUUCACAGUGGAACCAGUGGACACAGUGGUAGAUUCCGGUUCUAUCGUGGUGCUAAACUGCCAAGCACAGGGUGAACCCACACCUUUCAUCGAGUGGGCCAGGCAUGGACGCCCACUGCUGGCCAGCGACCGCAUCACCAUGCUGUCCAACGGCUCCCUGAGGCUCACCAGUGUUCAGAAAGAGGACACGGCUGAGUACGAGUGUGUAGCCCGCAACCUGUUGGGCUCAACGCUAGUGCAUGUGGCCCUCACAGUGCGCGUGCAUGGAGGCUUCUCUGAGUGGAUGGAGUGGGGUGCCUGCAGUGUGUCUUGUGGGGCAGGAAUUCAAAAGAGGCUGAGACGGUGCAACAACCCCCAGCCUGCCAACGGCGGCCGCCACUGCUCAGGCUCAGACUCUGAGAUCCGCAGCUGCCAAGGCAAACCCUGCCCAGUGGAUGGUCAGUGGUCAGACUGGACACCAUGGGAGGAGUGCUCUCGUACCUGUGGCCAAGGGAACAGGACUAGGGUACGAACCUGCAGCAAGCCUCCAGCCCAGCAUGGAGGCAGGGCCUGUGAGGGCCGAGCCGUGGAGGUCAUCAUGUGCAGCAUCAGACCCUGUCCUGUGGCUGGAAACUGGGCUUCCUGGCUGCAGUGGAGCCCUUGCAGCGAAACAUGUGGGAAAGGCAUGCAGACAAGAAUCCGGCUGUGCAACAACCCCCCACCAUCUUUUGGUGGACUGCCUUGCAUCGGAGUAGACACACAAACUCAAGUGUGCACAGAGAGGAACUGUCCCGUGGAUGGAAAAUGGUCAUCAUGGGUGAGCUGGAGCGCCUGUAGCGUUUCCUGUGGAGGUGGAACCAGACAAAGGACACGCCUCUGUGCAAGCCCCGCCCCCAAACAUGGAGGAAGGCAGUGUGAAGGAAAUGACGUUCACAUUGACUUCUGCAACAGUGAACCAUGCCCUAUUCACGGUAACUGGGGCCCCUGGAGCACCUGGGGCAGCUGCAGCCGGACUUGCAAUGGAGGCCAAAUGCGACGGUACAGAACAUGUGACAAUCCCAGACCGGCCAACGGGGGUAGAGCAUGUGCUGGAACGGACACUGAGAUCCAGAAAUGCAGCACGUUCAGUUGUCCUGUGGAUGGUAACUGGAGUCCAUGGCAGCCAUGGGGUGAGUGUUCAGUCUCCUGUGGUGUAGGGGAACGCACGAGGGUCCGUUCCUGUAACAAUCCAGCUCCUAGCAACAAGGGUCGCUCUUGCCCAGGAGACUCUACCCAGCUUUCCAGAUGCAACAUCCAGCCAUGUCCAGGUGGACCACAGAAGGCCAGAGGGAACAUCAUUGGCACUAUUAAUGAUGUGGAGUUUGGCAUAGCCUUCCUCAAUGCAACAAUAUUCAACGAUAUUUCAGGGGGAAGAGUGAUACAUGCUACUAUCACUAACAUACCCCGGAGUCUGGGCCCUGGAAUGAGGAAACUGAUCUCUCUGCUGAAUCCCAUCUACUGGACCACAGCACAGGAGAUCGGCGAGGCCGUCAAUGGCUACAGCCUUACAGACGCCAUCUUCAGACGAGAGACCCAAGUGGAGUUUGCAACAGGGGAGAUCCUCAGGAUGACCCAUGUGGCACGGGGGAUAGACAUGGAUGGUGCUCUGCUGUUGGACAUCGUAGUGAAUGGACACAUCCUCCAACUGCCCCCCAAUGCAGAUAUUGGCCUCAAGGACUAUACAGAGGAUUAUAUCCAGACAGGUCCUGGGCAGCUAUACGCUCUAUCCACACGCAUGUUCAGCGUAGACAGAGUGAGCGUGCCCUAUUCCUGGAACCAUACCAUUUUAUACGAGCCCUCCAGAGGAAAGAUGCCUUACCUGGUGCAGACGUUGCACGCUUCUUCCAUCAGUGCACAAUAUCGCCCACUAGAGGAGAUGCUGGAGUUUACUAUCCAUGCAAGCAUUUCCAAGGGUGAACGUAGCAACCAGUGUCCCAGUGGCUUUGUGCUGGACCCAGUCGGACCCUUCUGUGCUGAUGAGAACGAGUGUGAGGAAGGCAGCCCAUGUUCCCAUGCCUGCCAUAAUGCUAUAGGCACCUACUACUGCUCCUGCCCUAGAGGACUCACAAUAUCUGCUGAUGGACGGACAUGCCAGGAUAUUGAUGAAUGCUCAUUGGACAGACACAUGUGCCAUGAUGGACAAGACUGUGAAAACACUAUUGGCUCCUACCGUUGUGUGAUGCGUUGUGGGCGGGGUUUCAGGAGAACAGCAGAUGGCUUGAGCUGUUCAGAUGUAAAUGAAUGUCAGGACUCCAACCCAUGCCACCAGCAUUGUCUCAAUACUAUUGGCAGCUUCCGCUGUGCCUGUGAGCCCGGCUACCAGCUCAGGAACCGCCGCUGUAUCGACAUUAACGAGUGCAGGCAGAGAGUGUGCCGUUCAGACCAGCAGUGUAAGAACACGCGUGGUGGCUAUACAUGCAUCGACCUCUGUCCUACUGGCAUGACCAAAGGAGUCAAUGGCACAUGCAUAGACAUUGAUGAGUGUCGAGACGGCACGCACCAGUGCAGAUACAACCAGAUUUGUGAGAACACCAGGGGGAGCUAUCACUGCACCUGCCCCAGGGGCUACCGCUCUCAGGGUGUGGGUCUGCCCUGCAUUGACAUAAACGAGUGUGAGCGGGUGCCGAUGCCCUGUGCCUACCACUGCGUGAACAGCCCAGGUAGCUACACGUGCACUUGCCCUCCUGGCCGCUACUUGCUUGGGGAUGGAAAGUCCUGCGCUGGGCUGGAGCGCUUGCCCAGAUUCGAAAGCCUUUUGUAUGGUUUCCACACCUCACAGUCAUCCCCUGAGCGAAGCUCCUCCGAGCAUCGCUACCACAGUCUGACAUCUCAGAGCUUCCACUCUUACACUGUCAACGGGGGCAACUACAGGCUCAACUCUCCUCCCUCACGCUCUCGUAGGGCCACUAAGACAUGCCCUCUUGGCUUUAUUUCAGAAGGGGAUAAAUGCAUAGAUAUCAAUGAGUGUGAGCAGAGAGACAUGUGCCAGCACGAGUGCAUAAACACACCAGGUAGCCACAAGUGUUUGUGUCCCAACGGGUAUCGCCUCAUGACCAAUGGCAAAACAUGCCAAGAUGUUGACGAGUGCUUGGAGCAGAAUAUCCAGUGUGGCGCGAACAGAAUGUGCUUCAACAUGAGAGGCAGCUACCAGUGCAUCGACACGCCCUGUCCACCAAACUACCAGCGAGACCCAGAGUCAGGCUUCUGCCUGAAGAACUGCCCUCCCAACGACCUCGAGUGUGCUCUGAGCCCGUACGCACUGGAGUACAAGCUGCUGUCUCUGCCCUUCGGCAUCGCCGCCAACCAGGACCUGAUCCGCCUGGUGGCCUACACUCAAGACGGCGUGGUGCACCCACGUACCAGCUUCCUGAUGGUGGACGAGGACACCACGCUUCCCUUCGCCCUGCGCGACGAAAACCUAAAAGGCGUUCUGUUCACCACGCGCCCGCUGCGUCAGCCGCACACCUACCGCAUGAAGGUCCGAGCGUUGUCUUAUAGCACCGACGGGGCCAUCGAGUACCAGACCACCUUCAUCGUCUACAUCGCCGUCUCUGCCUAUCCCUACUGAUAGCACUUUACCAUGUGAACGAGGCGUGACUGAGCGAGUGUGCAUGUGCGUGUGUGUGUGUUUGUGCAAGUGUGUGUAUAUACCUGUGUGUUCAGCUGUAGAUCCACCACUUGAAGAUCACAUCAGGCCUCAUAGAUUGAGGAGCUGCAGUUGCUAAGUAAACAGACGAAUAAAAAUAACUUAGCAUUAACCCCUGGGGGACUCCGAAGCCAGACUGCUUUACCUGUGGCUGGAUUCCAUGGUGAAGCCUCAAAGCUGUAGGUCAGAUGAAGCAGCUGAUCCAGUCCUGCGUGUUACGACAAGCCUCUUCACCCAAAUUCCGUACAAGGACAAAAGAAAGACAAAAGGGGAAAAAAAGGACAAGUAUACGUGUAUGUCUACCUAUUAACUUAUUGGAAAGUGCUUGAAAAUAAGAAUUCGAGGGAUUUUUAUGUGUAUGUGUGUGGUCAUUUUACAUUGUGUAGUAGUGAUUGUCCAGAGACUUUCAGGGGUAAGCAACAUCAUUAUGAUUUCCAAAAUUAGAAUAUCCAUCUCAGGUAAGCACUGCAUUCCACCUAUAAAGCUUUUUCCUAUCUAUUUUUUAAUUCGUAUCCAUGUACAGGACUAAACGUCGACUUCCGCAACAGACUUUUAUUACAGGUUUAUACACAAGCGCAUAACAAAGAUGUAUUCUAUUUUUUAUUAUUUGUAUAUAAGCAUUUGAUUUGAAUUCUGUAAUGUUUCGCUGUAAUGU